AUGCAGGAGAGCUACAGCUCCAUCUUCAUGGCCUCUGGGCUGUUUGCCUAUCUGGGACAAGGGCAGAACACUUGGGCCCCAGAUUUCCAGAGCUACCGCCGUGAUGCAGAUGAAGAGAUGAUUAAACAAUUGCCAGAACAAGGGCCAGAGGCAGCAACCUGGUUCAAUUCCUACCGGUGUCCUGUGAGCAUCCAUAGUUCAGAUCCAUCUGAUCCAGAUGAUGAGCCGAUGAGCGAGGAAGAAGAUGAAAACCUGAAGAGGGUAGAAGGUCCCAGAGUCACAAAACCACAGGCCUCUCUUUUGGGGAAACCCAAUGUUGGUUCCAAGGAGGGAGAAACCUGGGAGAGUGGGAACAAUCACUUGCAGGGACAUACGGCCAGCAACAAUCCUGCCGCUGAAAAAGAUGGAGACCUUGUUGGUAACGAAAACAUCCAGCAAGGCAUAGAUGCAGAAGAAGGGAGCCAGAACGUAUGCCUCAAGUGUGGGAAAAAAUAUGGUAGGACGUCAACUCUCAAAAGACAUGCAAAAAGCCACAGUAGUACGAGACCCUAUAUAUGUGCCACCUGUGGCAAAGGUUUCAUUGAGAAAUCAAAGCUCAUUGCCCACACACAAGCACAUAAUAAAAAGCUUCAUUUGAUAAGGGAACCCUACGAAUGCCCCGAAUGUGGGGAGGACUUCUUUACGAAAGCCUCUUUCAAUAAGCAUCGGGCGACACACACCAACGAACCAACCUAUUCGUGCCCUGACUGUGGGAAAAGCUACAAGGCAGAGAUGCGCCUAGUUCGCCAUGUGGCGAAGGCCCACUCGGGAGCGACUCUCUUCAAAUGCCCUGACUGCGGGAAAGGCUUUACGAAAGAGAAAGCUCUCACUCGGCAUCGAGUGACGUUCCACACCGAAGGAGGAAGCUUCUACCGGCGCCAUAACUACAGGCCGCGUGUCGGAGAGGAAUCUCCUCCAAUCAAACGGCGGCGGAAGCUCCCCGCAAUGGAGCGUCCUUGCAGACUCUCAGAAUGCAAGGGAGGUUUGGGUGACGACGCCGGUCAUUGGAGAAUGCAAGAAAAGGGGAAGCCUCAUAAAUCCCUUCCCCGUGAAAUGCACUUUGGAAAGAGGCCGCCCCGCCCCACAAAUAGGGAACGUGGUGCAGAAGAAUAUAGCCACGAAUGCCCCGUGUGUGGGCGAUGUUUCAAGAAUGGGAGAUGCUUUGCUAAUCACUGGAGGGUGCAUGAAAGACAGCGGCAGCGCGAACAGGCCGGUGCAUUCGGGGAAGAAACCCGGCUCACUAGAAAUAAAAAAACCCAAGUCGAUUUUGAAUCCGAUGCAUGCUUUGACUGCAGAAAGCCCCUCUGUGCCGACUCGACGCUGCCUGUGCGGCCCGAAAUUGAAAUGGAAGGAAAUCUGUAUAAAUGCCCCAACUCUAGGAAAAUCUUCAGAGACAGCCGACGUUUUGCUAAGCGUCAGAGAAGAGGACAUCAGGAAGACCUUGAGGCAGGAGCACUGCCUGCUGACCAGUUGGAAACCCCCCGGAAGAAAGGAUCCUAUAGAUGCUCACGUUGCGAGAGAGUCUACUCAACCCACUCCAACCUCAGGAGACAUCAGAGAGUCCACUCGGGAUGCAGACCCGCCAAACGUCCCAGCGGUGGGGAAGGUUUCGCCUGCGCGGGGUCCUUCCCUGACAACCAGAAAGCCUGUGUCAAAGGAGGAAGCGGCUUGCAUAAAUGCUCUUGCUGUGCGAAAGGGUUCCGUGCUAAAAGUGUGCUGAAGGGACGCUUGCCACCCAGGGUAAAAGUCAAGCCUUACAAAUGUCCCAUUUGUGGGAAAGCCUUUGCGUCCAGAUACACUCUCGCUCAGCAUCUGGAAACCCAUGAGGAUGAGCAACACAGUCUGCAUAUAUGCUCGUUCUGCAGCAAAGCAUUCCGAACCUGGACCUCCCUCAAUAGACAUCAGCAGCUGCACAUGGGAGAGAAGCGCUACCAGUGCACUGUUUGUGGGAAAGCCUUCGCCUACAGAGAUGCCCUCGCUCACCACCGGGAGAUACACACGCAAGGGCAGUUCCACAAGUGCAAUUUCUGCCUGAAAACCUUCCCGACCGGUAAUUCUCUCAGUAGACACAGGCUCAUCCACUUGAAAACAAGGUCCUACCAGUGCUCUAUCUGCCAGAAAGCCUUCGGGACAAAAUAUUCCCUCCGUAGGCACCAGGACACGCACGGCAAUGGAAGUCCAGGCAAACUGACCGGUGGUGGGGAAGGUCCUGGUGUAGCUGAAGAGGAAGCUAGCACGACAGAAGAGAAUUCCAAUGGCUCGCCCGAUGGUUCAAUGAUCUCUGGGCAUGAGGACAUCGACAAGGAGAAGGAGAGCUUUGAGAGUGUGGGUGGCGCUGCCUGGGACAGCCGCUCGGGGGGAAAUUCUGCCAAAGGGUUAGAAGAAUAUAAGAACACAUUCGGAGAUGGCUCGGUGCUUCCCGAAUACCAAGCUAGACAUGCCGACGAAAGUGUCAGCCCAUUGUGUGAAAAUUCAAUAAAUUCUAAGCACCAGGGAGUCCACGUUGAAGGAAAUUCACCUGAAUGCUCUGGGACGAUGGGCAGAUCAGAGCUUACUGGACAAGAAGAACCUGUUACUGGUGACCGAACCCUUUCCAGGGAUGGGUCCGUGGUUGCUCACAAUCCAGCGAGCGAUACAGAAGGACAUUUCAGCCUGUGGACCGACAAUUCAGCCUAUUCUGGACUGGUUCAGGGAGCCUCUAUAGGAGAAAAGCCUUCUGGGAGUGUGAUGACCCUUGUGGACGGCUCAUUGCUGGCUGAAGAGCAGAGCACCCACUUAGAGGAACACCCCGUUAAUGGGUUAGAUGGUCAGGAUCCCGUUGGGGUCAAUUCAACUCACUUGAGUCGUGAGGGAGUUGUCACAGGCAAAGAAAGACAUACAUGCCUUAACUGCGGGAAAUCCUGCAGAGAUAAAUAUUCCCUCACUAGACAUCAGGUAACCCACACCUCAGCGGGAUCUUAUCAAUGUCAAACCUGUGAGAGGAGUUUCCGGAAGCCUCAAAUGCUAGCAAGGCACCAGCUCACACAUGGAGAUCUCAAGCCUAAUCAAUGCCAUGAAUGUGGGAAAUGCUUCAAAACAAGGUCCUGCGUUGACAGGCAUCUGAAGACCCACAGGGAGAAGCCCUACUGCUGUGUUUAUUGUGACAAGAGGGUCGCAACAGGCACAAAUCUUCGGAAUCACCUAAGGCUUCACACAGGAGAGAGGCCGUAUAAGUGUGCAGAGUGCGACAAAGAUUACACGACACUGUGGACCCUUAAAAAUCAUUUGAAGACCCAUUUGAAAACGAGCUCCGCCUAGAGCCUCUCUGCAGAACAGCUAGAUCAGGUUUCGUAACAUAGAGUUGCCAUAUUUCAAAAAAGUAAAAUUCCUGACACCCGCAAAGUUGUUCAGCUUUUAGGCAGACCCCCAAAUUGUUAAACUUCUUUGGUGGACCCC